AUGAAAAUUCUAAUUCUAUUUGCCCAUUUAAAUGGAUUGCUUGUGAAUUCGCAUCUGCAUCUCUUGAAAUUCGGAAUGCUGGAGAGGCCUCCGCAUUUCAUGGCGAAAAAUUCGACAGGCAUCGAAAAUGAACCGUACCAAGGAAGUUGGGUAGAAGCGAUCAAAUGGCUCUCAAGGCGUCAACAAUUUGAGUAUGAAAUUAUUCCUAUGAACAACAACAUUGCGGGAAAUCUCCAAAUUGUGAACGGAAGUGCCUUGUGGAGCGGAGCGUCCGGUCGCCUCCUUCGUGGGGAUUUCGAUUUGUUGGGUUCACAAAUUUUAUUGUCAUCCGGUCGCAAUCGAUUCUUUGAUUUUGUGGGAGUAGCCGACGAAGAACCCAGCGCUCUACUUACUCCCGGGUUAACUGAAGAGAGUCCCAUAACAUCGACUAUCACACCUUUUCAACCAAUCGUGUGGCCAAUGGUGCUCAUCUCUUUGCUGUCGGUGGCCAUCUAUUUCUCAGCUUCUUCAAGGUUAAACCGGUUAAACUUUCAUCGUUCGGAUGGGAAUACGCUUAACCUUGGUGACUACGUUUUGUACACUAUUGCCAUAUUGACAAACCAAGGGUCCGUGUUUUGGCAACCAAACCACCAAUCACGAAUAUCUUUCCGUUUGGCGGCUGGGGUUUGGUGCCUGUUUGCCUUGGUUAUGGUCAACGUGUACAACGGAACGCUCACGGCCCACAUAACUGCUAGGAAGAUGAGCAUUCCACCCGGAGAUAGCAUCGAAGUUAUGGAAAAAGGAGUGCUCGCUUACAUUGCAUUUGAUGACGGACUCGGCCGCGAAUUGAUCUUGAGCGCUACAACCGGGAAGUUGAAGAAAAUGGGCGACUUGUUUCGUCGCCAUCCCGAGAAUUUCGUUCCUGAUCAAGAAACUGCUUUUCAAAAAGUUGCGUCGGGAUGCUGUGCCUACAAUGAUGUAAAUUGA